AUGGCGUCCACGGCGGCCGGCUUCCUCGGCCGCUCGAGCAGCAGCAAUGCCAACAUGCGCGGGCUUGUGCAGUUCAUCGCCGACCUCCGCAACGCGCGCGCGCGCGAGCUCGAGGAGAAGCGCAUUAACAAGGAGCUGGCCAACAUCAGGCAAAAGUUCAAGGACGGCAGCCUGAGCGGCUACCACAAGAAGAAAUACGUCUGCAAGCUGCUCUACAUCUACAUCCUCGGCUGGAACGUCGACUUUGGCCACCUCGAGGCCGUCAACCUCAUCUCGGCCAAUAAGUACUCGGAGAAGCAGAUCGGUUACCUGGCCAUGACGCUGUUCCUGCACGAGAAGCACGAGCUGCUCCACCUCGUCGUCAACAGCAUACGCAAGGACCUGCUCGACCACAACGAGCUCUUUAACUGCCUCGCCCUGCACGCCAUUGCAAACGUCGGCUCGAGGGAGAUGGGCGAGGCCCUCAGCGGAGAAGUCCACAGGUUAUUAAUAUCGCCAACAUCCAAGUCGUUUGUCAAGAAGAAGGCCGCCCUCACCCUCCUGCGCUUGUACCGAAAGCACCCCGACAUAGUGCAGCCCCAAUGGGCCGAGAGGAUAAUAUCUAUGAUGGACGAUAUUGACCUCGGAGUCGCGCUGUCGGUCGCAUCUCUGGUGGCUGCUCUGGCCCAGGACAACCCGGACCAGUACAAGGGUGCCUAUGUCAAGGCCGCCCUGAGGCUCAAGAAGGUUGUCAUCGACGGCGAUUGCACGGGCGACUACCUGUACUACAAGGUCCCCUUCUUAUUAACCCUACCUCCCUUGACAGAGGAUAGCCAUGUUCGCGACCUGAUACGGGAGUCGCUACAGAAGAUACUCAAUCUUGCUCUGGAAACCAACAAGAAUGUGCAGCAGAACAACGCCCAGAAUGCGGUCCUUUUUGAGGCUAUCAACCUCAUCAUCCACCUGGACACGGAGCAUGCACUCAUGAAGCAAAUAUCGUCAAGACUCGGCAGGUUCAUCCAGUCUCGGGAAACCAACGUCCGCUAUUUGGGGCUCGAGGCCAUGACGCAUCUCGCUUCCCGCGCCGACACGCUGGAUCCCAUAAAGCAGCACCAGGAGGUCAUCCUGGGCUCGCUCAAGGAUCGCGACAUCAGCGUGAGGAGAAAGGGUCUCGACCUGCUCUACAGCAUGUGCGACUCGACCAACGCCCAGAUCAUUGUCGGCGAGCUGCUGCACUACCUGCAGAAUGCCGACUUUGCCAUCCGUGAAGAGAUGGUGCUGAAGAUCGCCAUCCUGACGGAGAAGUACGCCACCGACGUGCAGUGGUACGUCGACAUAUCGCUGCGGCUGAUCGCCAUGGCUGGCGACCACGUCAGUGAUGAGGUCUGGCAGCGCGUGAUUCAGAUCGUCACAAACAACGAGGAGCUGCAGGUCUACGCCGCCCAGACGUCACUGCAAUACCUGCGGCAGGACCACUGCCACGAGACGCUUGUCAAGAUUGGGACGUACAUACUCGGCGAGUUUGGCCACCUGAUCGCCGAGGAGAAGGGCUCCAGCCCGAUUGAGCAGUUCAUGGCGUUGGAGAGCAAGCUUGCGGCAACAUCGUCCUUCACGCGCGCCAUGAUCCUUUCGUGCUUUGUCAAGUUUGUCAACCUUUUCCCCGAGAUCAAGCCGCAGCUAGUGCACGUCUUUGACGUCUACAGCCACACGUUGGACUCGGAGCUCCAGCAGCGGGCGUGCGAGUACCUGGCGCUGGCGAGCCUCCCGACGGAUGACCUGCUUCGGACGCUGUGCGACGAGAUGCCACCGUUCCCGGAGCGACAGUCGGCGCUUCUGUCGCGCCUGCAUCAGAGGCACGCAAACACCAGCGACAAACGGACAUGGGUCGUCGGCGGCAAGGACGCCAACGCGGACGCGUCCGAGUUGAAUAUGGUCAAGAAUCCUGGCCUCAAAAGGACAUUCAGCUCCAACGGACCCCCUCAGGCCAACGGCAACGGCAACGGCAUUGCCAACGGGGCCAAUGGGAAAGCGUUGUCGGACCUGAGCGGGCUGGACAUGAACAACAUGGAGAAGCCGACUAAGCUGCCCAACCUGGCGAGUGCGGCGCACCUGUCGCCCGGGUGGGAGAAGGGCUACAACCGGCUGAUGCUCCGGGCGGACGGCGUGCUCUUCGAGGACGGGCAGCUGCAGGUCGGGGUGCGGUCCGAGUACAGGGGCGAGAUGGCGUGCCUGAUCCUGUACUUUAUGAACAAGACGCCCGCGCCCGUCAGCUCCUUCACGACGACGCUGGACAUGGACGAGGGCGAGAAGGACGCGCUGGGCAUGGACGUCAAGAGCCUGCCCGAGAGCACGCUGUCGCACCAGGGGCAGUCGCAGCAGGUCAUCAUGUUCCAGGCGCGGCGGACGUUCGAGAAGAGCCCGACGAUGCGCAUCAGCUACCUGGCGGGCGCGCUGCAGGCCGUGACGGUCAAGCUCCCCGUGGCGGUGCACAAGUUUAUGGACCCGGCCGACCUGUCGGCCGACGACUUCUUCAAGCGCUGGAAGCAGAUCGGCGGCGCGCCCCGCGAGGCGCAGCAGAUCGUCAGCCUGACCCAGGGCGCCCGCGACAAGGGCAGGGAGAUGCACGGCGGCUUCGUCCGCAAGGUGCUCGAGGGCUUCAGGUGGGGGCUGCUGCCGGGCGUCGACCCGAACCAGAAGAACUUUGUGGGCGCCAGCGUGCUGCACACGACGGCGGGCGGCAAGUGA